AAAACAUCAUAACUCACACUACAACAAUAACCACCGAAAACUUCCUCAUUAUUCUUAUAUACUCUCAUCAAACCCCCUUCUUGGCAUGGCACCACAAGCCACCUCUCUAGUGUUCAUAGUAAGAAGAUGCAAGCCAGAACUAGUUGUCCCAGCUAAGCCCACACCCCAUGAAUUCAAACAACUUUCUGAUAUUGAUGACCAAGAGGGCCUUCGAUUUCAAAUCCCAUUCAUACAAUUCUAUAAAUAUGAUCCCUCAAUGAAAGGUAGAGACCCUGUGAGAGUCAUUAGAGAGGCACUUGCAAAGACACUUGUGUUUUACUACCCAUUUGCUGGUAGGCUUAGGGAAGGACCUGGCCGAAAGCUUGUAGUAGAAUGUACCGGUGAGGGUAUCGUCUUUAUUGAGGCUGAUGCUGAUGUUACACUUGAACAGUUUGGUGAUACACUUCAACCACCAUUUCCAUGCUGGGAGGAGCUCCUUUUUGAAGUUCCUGGCUCUAGAGGGAUCCUUAAUUGCCCAUUAUUGCAUAUUCAGGUGACGCGUCUCAAGUGCGGUGGAUUCAUCUUUGCCAUAGGUCUUAACCACGCCAUAAGCGACGGAAUCGGACUUGUCCAAUUCAUGAUGGCCGUAGGCGAGGUUGUGCGUGGUGCAAGCUCCCCAUCCAUUCUACCUGUAUGGCAGAGACAUCUCCUUGAUGCACGUGACCCACCACGUGUGACAUACUCGCAUCCUGAGUACGACGAAGUGGUGGACACUAAGGGCACCAUUAUCCCACUAGAUGACAUGUCCCACCGCUUCUUCUUCUUCGGACCCACUGAGAUUUCUACCCUCCGUAAAUUUGUGCCACACCACUUAAGUCAAUGCUCUACAUUUGAGUUACUCAUAGCUUAUCUCUGGCGUUGUCGCACCAUAGCGAUCCAACCUGACCCAGACGAGGAGGUCCGCGUUAUUUUCGCAGUCAAUGCAUCUGCAAAACUCAACCCUCCAUUACCAACCGGUUAUUACGGCAACAGCUUUGCAUUGCCUGCGGCAGUUACGACUGCAGAGAAACUGUGUAAGAAACCAUUGGGUUAUGCUUUGGAAUUGGUGAAGAAAGCGAAGAAUAAAGUAAAUGAGGAGUACAUGCGGUCAUUGGCUGAUAUGUUGGUCAUUAGGGGUAGGCCCCACUUCACUGUGGUGAGGACCUUCGUUGUGUCGGAUUUGACACGUGCCGGGUUUCAAAAGGUAGAUUUUGGGUGGGGCAAACCGAUUUAUGGUGGGCCAGCCAAAGGUGGGGUCGGGGCUAUACCUGGUGUGAUUUGCACGUUUAUUCCCGUCAAGAAUGGUAUGGGGAAGAAUGGGAUUGUUGUUCCGAUUUGCUUGCCAGCUCCAGCUAUGGAAAUAUUCGUUAAGGAGUUGGAUGGGUUGUCCAAGUUUAUUGUCUCUAGCUUGUAAAUGUAAAUCCACUCACUGUAAUCAAGUGAACGAAAGCAUGCAUUACUGCGUGUGUUGGGUUAUUUUCUAAAACUUAAUAAAUAAAUAAGAGUGGUUUUUUA